CGGCAACGGAGGCAGUAGAGUCUGGCUUCGUAAGGCUGGGACGUCGUCUCCGUGGAUUGGGUAUGAGGGGACUAGGAAGAGAAGCGGCUUGGCGACGCCUCAGAAUCCACGCGGGACAAGUCUGGCUCGUUCUCCGCCUCGGGUUCAUGUUGGCGUUGUUUUCGCAGGGCGCGGGGUGGGGAAAGUUCGUGACGUUGUUGUUGAGUGCUUGUGUUAUAUUCUUUUGGCAGACGGGGAUUUUGGCGUAUUUGAGGGGAGGAGGGCAAGGAGAGAAUGGGGCUAGGCCGGUGGUUGCUGAGCAUCGUGAACAGCCGGCUGGUCCAGCACCGGGGCCAGCAGCGCAACCACAGGAACAUUCGAAUCAAGCACAAACACCCGCACCAGGAGCAGCAGCAGCAGCAGCAACACCGACACCCACAGCACCCGCGGCCGUACCUGUCGCGCAAGGGCCAGUGACAAUCUUCGAGAUGCUGAAGCAGAUCACGAUACUGUUCUUCACAAGUCUGAUACCUGGACCUGAGGUGGUGCCUCCGGGGUUUGUUGCAGAGCCUGUUGCGAGGGAAGCUUGAUCAUGAGCUUGCUUGGGGCCAUGACAUAAGGCAGAAAUGUACGCUAUGAGAGGACCGCUGGUCUGAAAUGGAUGGGGCAGGGAGAAGGGGAGU